CUCGAAACUCGCCUUAUAGGAGAAAAAGGCGGUCAAUAUGGAAAAACAUGGCCAAUACGGGAAAAGGUCGGCCAAUACGAGAUUCAGCCAAUCAGAAACCAGGACAAACACGGCCUUUCAUGAGAAUCUUUCAAAAGUGGCAGUUUGAUUCCUCCGCAGAUAUGUGUCGCGUUCUGAGAAAACUGGGCAUUAUGCAUGAUCCCAAAAAAUGAAAACGCCAGCCAAUGGUUCAUACACUACGAAUACGAUGAGAUGACGUCAUCAACGGUGUACAAAAAAGAACACGGGUCACACACUAGGCAGUUGUUCUUCAGAAUCAAAGCCGACUGGUUGUACGGAUAGUGAGCAUUGUGUGAAGCGGAUACAUACAUCGGAUUACAUAGCAUACAGACAUGCUUCGUGUCAUUGGACAAAUGUUUCAAUAUUUAAAGAAAUUUAAAUGUUUCAUAUACUUAGCGUUGUUAAUUGGUUUUCUGUUGGCGUGUUUGGUCAUCAUUGGAGAAUAUCAUCUAGAAACCCGUGAUGUUAAAUAUGAGGAAAAUAUUGCACAGUUAGCGGAUUUGUUUGAUAAGGCAUGUGCUGACGCUUACGACGAAUUAUCAAAAGACGCUAUGUUGCGUGCACAGAUGGAAAGUAAAAAAUACCUGGUCUACGAUAAGCUCAAACAGGGAUUCGUGACAUCCGUACCUACAAUAAAACCAGCAGCACGACUUGUAGGAGAACCGAUACAUUCCUUGACCGGUCGGAUAUCAACAAAUACCCGAGAUACCGCGACAGUACAGUGCUGGUGCCAUGAAUGUACCAACGCAUUUCUGAGAGACGGAGUGAGGUACCACAAUGGGCGACUAAUUGUACCUUUCGCGGGUUCUUACAACAUCUAUACCUUUCUUAGUCUGAGGAGCAUCAACUACUCAUCGGAAGAACAAGAAAGCCUACUAAACGGAACCCUUUUCAAACAAGCUAUUUACAGAUAUGACGUCAUGAGUGGUCAGGACGUGGAGCUGGUGUCGUCUGUUCAACCCCUAUUUCACGCCAAUCGUGCCUUCAGUACACCGCUUUCGAGAUUGGAACAGCUGCAUGUCGGGGACGAAAUAUCAGUCAAGAUCAGUGGCAUUUUUGAGGAACAUGUUUGCACUGAGAACAGCUUCUUUGGAUUGCACAUGAUCUGAGUAAUGUCUUUAGAUGAAACUGAGUAGCCACUGUUUUGCGACCAUGUAUUUCAGUCAAAAACUUAAGCUAACGACAACGAUCUUUCUUAUAGGAAUAUGUUGUUAUAAAAUCUGUUUCUUUGACAUUUCAAUGAAAUACACGCCACAAACUACAACGAUGCCCAUCCA